UAUGUAUUCAAGAUGCGGCAAUUUGAUCGAUUCCCGGAAGGUGUUUGAUGAAUUGCCCGAGAGAAAUGUGGUGACAUGGAACGCGAUGAUAGGUGGGUAUUUGAAAAACGGGGAUAGCGAAUCUGCAUUGAAUUUGUUUGAAAAGAUGCCCAUUGGAAGAAACUCGGUGACUUGGAUAGAGAUGAUCGAUGGGUUUGCAAAGAGUGGAGACACUUUAAGAGCAAGACAAUUAUUCGAUAAAGUACCAUCACAGUUAAUUAACGUGGUGACUUGGACGGUGAUAGUUGACGGGUACAAGGCAAAUGGAGAAUUAGAAGCUGCAAGGGAGAUCUUUGAAAUGAUGCCAGAAAGGAAUUACUUUGUUUGGUCAUCAAUGAUUUCUGGGUUUUGUAAGAGGGGUGAUGUUAAGGAAGCUAGGAAAUUUUUCGAUAGAAUCCCUGUUAGGAACUCGGUUAAUUGGAAUUCGAUGAUUUCAGGGUAUGCACAAAAUGGCUUCUGUGAAGAAGCUUUGGAAAUGUUUAGGAAAAUGCAGAACGAAGGUUUCGAACCCGAUGAAGUUACCAUCACAAGUGUUUUAUAUGCUUGUGCACAGUUAGGUGAAUUAGAUGUUGGAAAAGAAAUCCAUUAUCGUAUCAAGACGAAGGGAAUGACUAAUCAGUUCGUUUUGAAUGCAUUAUUGGAUAUGUAUGCCAAAUGCGGUGACUUAGGCCAAGCGAGGUCGAUCUUUGAACAAACGAGUCACCGGAAAAUCACCUGCUGGAAUUCCAUGAUAUCGGGUUUCGCCAUUCAUGGAAAAAGCAGAGAAGCUCUGGAGUUUUUCAAAAGAAUGGAAGAGUCGAACAAGAUGCCGGAUGCCAUCACUUUCCUUUCGGUUCUAUCAGCUUGUGCCCAUGGCGGGUGUGUAGAUGACGGGUUGGAAAUUUUCUCCAAGAUGGAGACUUACGGCAUCGUAGCAAGCAUCAAACAUGACGGUUGCUUAGUCGACCUUUUGGGGCGUGCCGGAAGAUUGAAAGAAGCUUUCGGCCUAGUCAAGAGAAUGCCGACGAAGCCGAAUGAUGUAGUUUGGAGGGCUCUGCUCGGCGCUUGCAGGAUUCAUAUGGACACUAACAUGCUAGAACAAGUGAUGCGAGAAGUUGUUGGAACGGAUGAUGACUUGGAUUCUGGGGAUAAUUCACAUCAUGUGCUGCUGUCAAAUAUCUAUCCAGCUUCAGAUAGAUGGGAAAAGGCUGAAAAAAUGAGGAUGGCAAUGGUGAACAAAGGGUUUCAAAAGAUUCCUGGCCUCUGUUCAAUUGUACCCUACCAUAUGGAGCUGUAAAUUAUCCUAUCAUAAAACUUUGAUCACGA